UGGCGCCAUUCUGCCCAAGCCCAGCAACGCCUCGUCUCGCAUCUCGCCUUCGCGGCGUCUCUCUCGGGCCUUUGCCUCAUCUCACGGGCUCGGGAGAUUUAAGAGCUUCACCAGAGUCUUGGACGAGCAAGAAAGAGAGUGGAAAUGAGCGAAGGAGCCUGAGACCAGGUUGAAGCUGUCGCUAAACUUGGUGUGGUGUGAGGGAGGAGAAGUCAUGUGUUGGGUUUUUGGGCAGGGGCGGAUGGUUUCGUUAAAUCUGGCAGUUUUGGGAUGGUGGGUUGGGAAGCGGAUGCACGGGAAACGGUAAUUCUGGAGUUUGUUUUUGUAUAGAGUUGGGUUUUGAUGUGGUGGUGAAGUGGUCGGUGAUGUAUCCGGGCUGGGGCUCGGGCGCGCGCGAAUGUGGGUGCACGCAAAUACACCAGGGGAGGAAGGGAUGGAGGGAGGGUUAAGGUGAUUUUAGGGUUUUUGAUGACCUGGAAAGAGGAAGAGAGUGGCUUGAGUUGGAGUUAUUUUUUCCCUCAAGAAAGGAGGUUUGGAAGUUGAGCACGGUGGAUGGUUGAUGUAGGGAAUAAUUUUACUUACUGGUAAGGGUCAGAGAAAGGGUGCAAGGAUUUGGCGUUGUUGGGUAGUGCGCAGUAAUAAUUGCAAGGGAAGGAUUGCGGAAAAUUGGUUUAGGUGGUGUGCCAGGCGAGGCUGAUGGCGGAAAAUUUAAGUGUGCUUCCGAAUUCGAUAUCCCUCCAGGGGUCGCACGACACGAACUACCCUGAUCUGGGAACGCUCACUCCGGUUCGCGGCCGGAUUCUCAAGAAGGAUGAUCGCAUCCUCCAGUGGGGGUACCACGAAACGAAGCAGUUAAUCUCUAUUCGGGCAGAGCUAGAGAAAGACUUCGCGCUGAUCAAGCGGAACAAGACUCUGUGGGAGCUGAUUGAGAGGAAAAUGAUGGAGAAAGGUUUUCGGAGGAGUGCAGAUCAAUGCAAGUGUAAAUGGAAGAACUUGGUAAAUCUUUAUAAGGGGAAGGAGACGUUCGAGCCUGACUACGAGUUUCCGCAGGGUAAGGAUCCCAUUUAUCCUGAGAAUGGCAGGCAAUGCCCUUUCUUUGAUGAACUUGAUGCUAUUUUCAAAGAACGUGCCAAGAACUCAGACAAAAGCCUGCUGGAAUCCGAGCUAGGGUCUCGAGGCAAGAAGAAAGGCAAGAGGGGCAAAACCAAAAGUGAUGAUGACGAUGACAGUGAGGACGACGAUGAGGAGGAAGAGAGCGAAGAGGACCGUGUUGUGCAGAGGAAGAAGAGGAAAAACGAGAAGGAGAACAACCGGCCUCGUGUAACAGCGGAGAAGUAUCGUGCCAACAGCAUGCAAGAAGUGUUGGAGGACUUCUUCCAGCAGCAGCAGAGGGUGGAGGAGCAGUGGAGGGAGUCGGUGGAGAGGAGAGAACAGGAGCGGCGGUUGCGGGAGCAGGAGUGGAGAGACGCGAUGGAGAAGCUGGAACAGGAGCGGAUUGCGAGGGAGCACAUGUGGCGAGAGCGUGAGGAACAGAAGAGAAUCCGAGACGAGGCCCGAGCACAGAAGAGAGACGAACUGUUCGCGGCGUUGUUGACGAAGUUGGCGCAGGACGAAGGGUACUGAAGUGAUGAGCGUGGUGAAGGUGGUUGGAGUGAAGGAUGCGAGGAUCAUACGAUGACAUGCGCAUGGGAGGGGGAGGUCACCGGGGCGACGACGGAGAGGUGGAGGUUUGUGGUAAAGGAGGUGGUGCGGGGUGGAUUAGAGCGUAUGAGAUGGGAAGCAGUUGUUGAGGAGGGCAACGAAGAGAUGGACGAGGGAAGGGAUUCGAGGCGUGGGAUGAGGAGGGCGUGAAAAGAGAGGGGUAUUGACGUGGGAGUGUGGAGAGUCUGAGUGACGUCUGCGGGUGAUGUCCAGUGUGUUGUAGACAAGGUCGACGGCAACGGGUGGUGAUGGGCAUGGAGGAUUUGUGGGUUCCCCACUUGUAGAGAUGUAUAUUCCCCUAUUGGUAGAUCUUGAAGCUUUUGAACCUGUAGUCUCAAGGGAAGGCCUGCCCUGAUUAUUAGCAUCGUGUCCAUGGUGGUUAUGGCGGUGCUUGAUUUCAUAUGGACGAUCGUUUGGUAGUUCCGUCUGCGCCUAGAAAAAUUGACAUGGCUGGGGCAGUCUACACAGGUUUUUUAAGGCGAAGAUUUAUUACCACACUCAACUUCUUAGCUGCCCUUGGAUGCUUUUUCAAUUGUUCAAUUGCCCCAGUUAUUACAAACUGGAGUUCUUUAUGGUCUUGAUGUCAUGGGAACGGAUUGCGAGCAAAUACACUAGUUCCUUAACUUCUCUUUAACUAAAGCUGCAGGAUUGAAAAGUUCUUUUGAUUUCGUUGCAGCUGACAGGACAUCGUCAACAUGGGGUGGUGGCCAACCCUUUGAUAUGAUCGUUGAUGGUAGCCAUACCAACUGUUGAAAGAUGGUCCUCUGACAUUAUCUACUCCCGUGCUUUGUCUUUGUCCGUUCUCUUUGACACUACUCUAAGACGGUACUGGAAUUGGAGGUGCACAGUGGUUUAAUCAUGUUUCUUGAGAGAUUAUUAAACCAACAUAGAAGUUGACAACCCUUGUCUAUGGCUAGCCUUGGAAACUCGUUUUCAUUCAAAAAUUGGAUCCUUCUGUAUUGCACAUGUUCAAACUUAUUAUCUUUUAAUUUUCAUGAUUAAGAUUCAUUUUAGAAAAUCUU